AUGCAUCCCAAGUCCGGUAACGCCUCAGCAUCUAGCCCCGCGGAAAUUAUGAAAAGUGCGCAACCCGAUAAAAAGAAGCAUGGGAAUCAGAAGAGAGUCCCGAAGAGGUCAAUUCUAGACCCGCCAGAGACGCCUGACACAGAGCAGAUAGAUUCUCGUGUCGAAUCCUUUUCGAAGUUGUUGGAAGUUCCCCAGUCGACCACUGUUCACACUUCAGCUACGAAGCCAUUUCUAUCGUCUGUCGUCAAGCCGAUGAAAAGAGAGCCGAGGCAGCGAAAGGAGCGCUUUCCUAUUGUCAUCACUUCCGACUCCGGAGCCAGUUCCGACGAUUAUGGCUCGUGCAAUGACAAAACUACCUCUAUGCUACAGCACUCACGGCCGCCUUUGAUAACGACCAGUCCUCAUCCUCAACGGCGGAUGAGUCACAUUCUACCAGUCGAAUUAGAAGAAGAGGCUGAGACAUUUAAUACAGCAUUGAGACAACCAAGAACCAAUACAAAGCCAAAUAGGAAUCUGCCGAAACGAGGACGGGCCAAAGCCGCACCGCGCACGCAAAACGUAGAAAGCUACAAGAAGCGAGAGUUGUCCCCCACUACAACAAUUGAAGACAUUAGAGAGGGUAAAAAGACAAAACUCGAGCCACCUCAAAAGCCAGAUCACGAUGUCAUUAUGGAACAUCCGCAGCCUGUCAAAGUUCGAGAAAACCCGAAAGUGCUACGCACAGCGGUAGUCAGUGACCCGUUUUUGGCAAAAAAGGACGACAGCUCCACAUGUCUCACUGAGUUCACAGCCAAGCUCCUCAAUACUGCAAGUCGACCAGAAAGUGUCGAGCCAGUGCGAUUCCAAGCCGAGUCCACGGCCAUACAAACCGGGCUUUUCCUUCGCAGGAUUGACAGCACCCAAGAGCAAGUUGAGCCCAGUGGAAUUGCCAGGGAAAUGAUUGAAGCCCUUGAAUCUGCAGCUCCCCCGAAAACUGGGAGCAGAACACGCAGCUUGCAUAAGCGAAGUGGCACCGAAUCGGCCAAGGACACCUGGCUGAAUCAAGCGGAUCCAUACAAGGCGACCAGCCAGAUAAUGAGUUAUGUUUGCACAACCAUUCUUCGAUUCCUCAAGUCGAAAGAGGCAGCCAUUGAAGACGUUGCUAAAGAGUAUCUUCAACGUGGGGAGGUUGUAAUCAAAAGAAUCAAAACUCUUCAUGAUAGUGAACGUGUCGACGUUUGCCGAAAAUUUGAGCUCUGUCGACUUGGAUCCCUCCACAUCUUUGAGGAAGCACAACGAGACAUCCGUGUGAUUUCAAGCAAACUUGAGCGCAUCGACGUAUCCAAUUCUGUCAAGAAUAUGCUCAUGGAUGAUACAGUCUCGCGCCUUCGGGAAUUGCAGGCCAAGAUAGUGUAA